AUGGCGACCGACGGCGCCGUCAUGUUCACCGACGAGGAAUUGAGCGAGAUAGCCGGCCUCAAACGCGGCGAGGGCUACAUUGAAGUGACCUGUGGGUGCACCAGCCGCCGCUAUGGUGAUGCCGUCGGCAGGCUGCGGGUCUUCGCUUCUGGGGACCUCGAGAUCUCCUGCGACUGCACCCCCGGCUGUCAGGAAGGUGAGGGCCUCUCUCUCUCUCUCUCUCUCUCUCUCUCUCUCUCUCUCUCUCUCUUUCUCCCUCCAUUUCCCUCUCUCCUCUCUCCCGGUGAUCUGCUUGCAUGAUGGUUUUUUUUUCUGGUUCUUCUUGAUACGGCGGUGUUAAUAUGUGCGCGCUUUCUGUUUGAUGAUACGUCCGGUUGACAUCGUUGACCAUGUUUCUGCUCAUGGAUGGGAUCUCGUCCUCCCAUCCAUGCAAGGUGCUCAUCUUCGUCGUCAGCCAGUUUCAAGGGGGCCGUGGAUGACGAUGGUAGAGGAGCCAUCCCACACGUCGUCGUCUUCCUCAUCACCACUCACCGGAACCGCCGGCAUCUUUCUCUCACACAUUUUUCUCUCCUAUUUCUCUCUCUUACGUGUGCAUACGCAUAUUUUAGCAUAUAGAGAGAGAAAGAGAUGGUCUCCGCCCAGCUACGCCAUCAACCCAGUUAGAACGCUCUGACAACGUGACGGUCUGUUGCAUAUACACCAUUUCAUGUUUGUCCUCUCUCUCUCUCUCUCUCCCCUGUUUAAGCUGGCUUGGCUUGUGGGAUGGAUGAUGGUGCGGGGUGGGGGGCUCCCCUCUCACGCCCACGAUGGUUUUCUCUUAUAUUUUAACUCCCCUUAUGAUCUCAUUUCUAAAAAUAGGAGUAUCGCUCCAGACUUUUACUCUCUCUCUCUCUCUCUCUCUCUCCAGACUUCCUUUCUCUUCUGUCUCAGCUGGCUGGGUUUGUGAUGGCAUGGCGUUUUCUUUUGUCUAGAAAUAUGUGUAUCCGAGACGUGGGCUUUGGAUUCGGAGUGAUUCUCCCAAAGAUCGAAACUUUAUGCUUUCGUCCGGCGACUGAUCCAGUGAAGAGAACGACCCAUUGAGAGCUUGUCUCGGGUUGUCUUCCUCUGCGCUCUCGUUCUCUUCUUACUAUUUUUGGCCUGCGUCGGUGCGACGAUCAUCCGAACAAAGGCUCUGAUAAAGUUGAUACCUUUAGUUAUGAACCCAUGCCGCUGUUGAGAGUUUGAUCUCGUCUCACGUAUGAACUAUUUUUAGAAAUCUAUAUUAAUAUGGAAAGUACUGUUUUGUGGGGCAGGAAGAGGGGUCCGCCUUUCUCAGGAAAUCAGAAUAUUCGGAUGCCACUGUUUUAUUAAAAAGCAGGGAUAUUUGGUUCAUUUAUUUCGAACGUGAGUGUUUCUCUGGAGCCAUGGAGUGUGGGGGAUCCUCCAGGCCAUACAUAGAGCUUAUACCAUGGAAUUUCAUCUCUUUUGAAAGAAUUUCGGGUUCCUUAAUUUAGAAUUUCUUCUUUUUUUUCUUCAUGUGGACCAUUGUGCCGAUAAACCAGGAUUUCAUCAUUCGAUCUUAGAUUUCAAUGAAUUCCCGGUUCCCUUUGAAAAAAAAAAAUCAUGUUGAAUCCCAGUGGACCGUUGUGGCAAGAAACCAUAAUCACAUCGUUCAACCUUUGCAAAUAUGAAGGCCCGGCGGCCUAGUUUAUAAUUAUUUUUAUUUUCAUGUUGAAUUUUGUGCCAAGAAAUCAGAGCUUCAUUUUUUUCCCCUUAUUUUGAAUAAUUCUUUGUUCAUGUGAAGCGUUGUGCCAGGAAAUCAGAGCUCCAUCCUUAAACUAGAAUAAAAUAUUUCACCCCUGGAUCAUUAAUUUUGCCAACAAAUCAGAAUUUCGUGAUUCUUCUUAUGGACUUAUGCAUGUCAGGUUCCUUAAUUUAGAAUAAUUGUCUGUCCUCUGAACAAUUGCGCCAAGAAUCAGAAUUUCAUUUUUCUUUCAAUGGAAUCAUGAAAGCCUGCUUUCCUUCAUUGAGAAUCAUCAGAGUAGUCGUUUCCUCUGGACCAGUGCGCCAAGAAAUCACACUUCCAUUCCAUUUUUAGAAUGCCGAUAUUUCAGGCGAUCAAUAUCUGAAGCUUGAGUUUUUCAUUAAAUAUUAUUACCUGUUUUUUAGGACUGUUUUAAUUAGCUUGGAUCUAAUGAUCAUCCGCAUUGAAGAAUAGGAUCCCCACACUCCAAGGCUCCGAUGAACUGUAGCAAUGAAGUGUGGAUGCACCCACAAAAGCUGAGCACCUCCCUCCCUUCUCAUCAUAAAAAAUGGAAAAGAAUCUGUUAAUUUUUUCUUCUUUUUUUUUCAUCUUUUUCCCUUUGAAACUUGCCAUGUUGUGUAGGAUUUGAUGGUGAAACUCCUACAGAAUCACCCUCGCCCUCACCCUCGGAUGGUAAUGAAGAGUGGGUUGAUCUUCCGCUACCUUGUGUGCCUACGCAAGGUAGCUGAGCCUCCAUCUUACCAAAAAAGGACCAUAAAAGGAAAAGAGAGUCUAUCAGAUUCAUCCUUAUUUUACUUUUUUAAUUGCCGCAAGAGACUAUCAUUUUGGUAAGGAUUUGAUGAUCACUGACCGACAUCCUCUGGCACCAUGGAAAUUCUCAGAUAGAGAGCCAAGGGUAGUGAGUCGUGAGUUUGGCUCCAUCCAUCAUCACCGUGUACCCACAAAAGCUGCGGCCCCUCAUCAUCCACAAUAGAAUAAAAGGGACUAUUGGAUUCUUCUUUUGAUGCCUUUUGUCCUGCCGUUCUUUCUUCGAUGAUCCCAAUUACUAUUUUUAGUCGUUCUCUGAUAUUUCUAAAAUAACAGAUUAAACAUGACUAGGUUUUUUUUUUUUGAAUUCUGACUGGGCGAUGCUUUGCCACUUAUAUGCUUAUUUAUUUAUUUCUUUGAGUUAUAUUAUUAUUUAUUUAUUUCUUAACUUACUUAACCAUAGGGAAGAGCUGCCUUGCCAUUUUUGGGACUCUCUGAUGAGCGGAUGUCCUUAUUCACCUCUAUUUCCUGAUAACACCAUGCUCGUGCGGAUGUCCACUUACCUUCUGUUCUCGUAUAGAUUUUACAAAACUCAUCAUGUGAUUACUUCCCUUCUUCUGAAUUCUUGCUGGGUAUUCUGUCGGGUUGUUCUUCCAUGUUUCAUGUCUGAGUCCUCUUUAGUUAAAUUUUCGCUCCAGAAAUAUUGGUCGAUAUCUUGUCCAUUACCCCAUAUUCUAGGACCAGUUCAAGAAGACUCUCUGCUUCAUGGCUCUACUAUCUGCUUUGACACAGACAGAUGUCGAAUGCAUCUGCUUGAUUCAUCAGUCCGAUUCGAUGUCUCUCCCAGGCAAGCUGACCCCGGCUGAGUUUGAGAAGCAUUCUGGGCGUGAGACCCCCAGGAGGUGGAAGAGCAGCGUCUGGAUCAUUGCCAAAGGGGUGAAGGUCUCUCUUUUGAAGACGCCCCUCCUCAGGUACCACAACCAGGCUUUCGGAUCUGGAAAUGGGCCCCACAAGGGCCACAAAAGUCGUCUGGCCCACCGGGAUGAGUUCAUCCGCUGCACGAGGUGCAGCAAGGAGCGGAGAUUCCGGCUCAGGACCAAAGAGGAGUGCCGGGCCCACCAUGAUGCUCUGGCUAACCGGCAUUGGGAGUGCUCCGACAUGCCCUUUGAGAGGUAAAAAUUUGUAAUUUUCGUGUUAAAAUUAGACCUGAGAUUAAUAUUUAAGAAUUGCACUACGUCAGUUUUAUUUUUCAAGAGAAAUUUUUUAUUAAAAAAUUAUGAAUUUCAUUGAUGUGCUGAUUUUUUUUCCCUUCAAGAUGAAAAAAGUUUAAUAUCCAUGGGCUAGGAGUAGUAGAAUUCUUGCUCUCCAGCUGUAAGUUAUGCAUGUUGGAGUAAAGUUGAUUCAUCAGUUCUAAGCAAUAAUGCGUUUAAAUGAACAUAAAUCUUUAUUUUUCAUGCGCAAAUUCUUGAAAAAACAACUCUGAUUCUUGAUAUGGCCAGCGGAUAUGUUCCCUGCAAGGGAGAUCCCAAGAACUGUGCCCGUUUAGUCAAAACCCCGAUUUAACUUCUACUCCUUCGUCCAUAUUUCUUUCAAUUGAAAGUCAACCAUGCCUUCUUCUUCUUCUUCUUCUUCCUCAUUCCAAGCAUUGAGACGACAGCGGUGGGGGGAGCAUACACAUGGUAUCCGGAAUGAAAGCAUUGUGAUCUCCGUUGACCUUCAUAGAUAGAAUUCUCUGUGCCUAAAUUCGGUCGGAAUCCAAGAUUCAGAUCUUUUAAUUUUCUUUCAGUCUGUUCAGAACAGGAAAGUGGUGUAACCACCGUGUCCCCAAGUAAACACCUCUCUCUCUCUCUCUCUCUCUCUCUCUCUCUCUCUCUCUCUCUCUCUCUCUCUCUCUCUCUCUCUCUCUCUCUCUCUCACCCCUCCCUUCUAAUAGGGUAAUGGGCGCUGAAUUCCCUAGUAGAUUACUAAAUUCCAUCUCUUUCUUUGCUUUUCUGGGGCCAAAAAAAUUAGUAGGAAAUGGGUUUGUCUCAUAUAUGAUGGCAAAAGUACGGGAGUAAUUUAUUUUGCCUGUUCUUCCUUUUCUCACCUUCCUCAUUGGUAAAUUGGGUAAAGAAAAUCAUACUGAUCUCGUUGAAAAGGUCAGAGAUGGAACUUAGUGGCCAUGAAUUGGUUUUGAACAGAGAAGGAUGGUAUUUUUUAUAAAAAAAUUGAAGGCCGACGAACUCGUCUGCUGUGCAUGGUUUUUAUGAGUUUUUAUUGAAAAAUAAAACAGUCUCAACUCUGGAAAGAUGGAAAUUCUCGGUGUGAUACAGGGAGAGCGAGUUGACUUGUUCCCCUCUGCUAUGAAAUCAGGGCAAAGUCAAACACAUGGUUGAAAAUCUAAGAGCCAAUAGGUACCAAACUAGGAAACCCGGUGCUUCCAUGAGAGGCAAAUUAUGCGUCGGAUUUUCAUUAAAACCUCCUCCAACCGGCCGGAAUCUGGCUGCUCCUCUUUCAGAGCUGGAUGAUCUUGGUCGGUGGAAAGCUGGCCGCCGCUAAUGGCUUCUCUCUCUCUCUCUCUCUAACUGCUGGGGUGUUCGACUUUGGCAGGGUCAGCUGCGAGGACGACGAGGAGCGAGCCAGCCGGAAGAACUACCGGGGCUGCGGGAGGUCGCCGCUCUGCGGUGGGUGCACGGCGUGCGUCUGCUUCGGCUGCGAGCUCUGCAGGUUCGCCGACUGCCCCUGCCGGGUCUGCGUUGACUUCAUGCUCAACGCCUAG